AUGAAACUAACCGCACAGGCUAUUGCACUCAGCGAGCUUUCUAAAUCAGCACGGGCUGAAGUUAUUGCGGCGUCGCAGGCAGAUGCGAAGACACUGCAUUCGAGCUAUUCGUCCGUCGGAGUUGAAGCAUUGGCAGUCGAGAUUGCAAUGGUUAGAUUGGCCAUAGGAAUGGCGGAAUACAUUUGCGGACGUGUCCAUGUACAGGUUAAUCCUUAUUAUUCAUACUCCUCGGAGAAAAUUGUCGCCAAUGCACUCCGCAUCGUGCAAUUAUUCCGGCAUGUCCAGCCAGACUUCGAUGUUACUCGAGUUUGUAUCAAGAUCCCGAGUACGUGGGAAGGAAUGAUGGCCUGUCGCACCCUCCAACUAGCUGGUGUGCAUACUUUAGCAACCACUCUGUUCAGCAUGACUCAAGCUGUACUCGCGGCUGAGGUCGGCUGUACUUAUAUUGCGCCCUAUGUGAACGAAUUGAAGGUGCAUGUGCAAGCAGGUUUCGUGGACAAUGCGAAAUUACUCCCGCUUUGCGCAGCCAUUCAGAAAUACUACAAGUCCAUCAAUUCGUCCACCAAAGUCCUGCCUGCUAGCCUAACUUCUGUCGAUGAGAUCUUCUUGCUUGCUGGGGUGGACCACAUCACUAUUUCGCCUGGUCUGUUGACACAGUUGACUCAGCCCUAUGUAGGAAAUGUCAAGUCGCUAUUUGAUAUUGAGGCGACACUUCCAAUCCCGGAACGGGAUGUCUCUUUCAUCAACGAUCCUGGAAACUACCAGAUCACAUUUACACGAGACCUGGGCGGUGCUAGUCAGAUCAAGCUGACCGAGGCUAUAAAUAUCUUCUGUGAUGCCCAGGAUCAGUUGGAGUUGCUUAUGAAGGGAAAUUAA